GACGUGUUAUCAUAAUGGCGACCAGUGUCGAGAAUACCUUGUGCUUGGGCAAGCUAUUUAAACGUGCGAAAAAAUUGUGCAGUCAUAAGCAUGCGAAAAACGAUGAGAAGGAUAAAAAUUUGAACGGCAAUCAAGGUUUGGAAGAGGCGCCGAAACUACCUCCGGAGAUUCAAACGACGCCAGUGGAGAUGAACAGUUCAGGUACCAAAGAAGGCGAUCGAAAGGCAUCUCAGGAACAAAGCCCUCAAAAGACAGUCUCUGAUAAACUGCAAGUAUCCGUGACAGAAAAUAAAAGUAAAGAAGUGACCGACAUUCUACUGCCGGAAGACGGACGCGUCAAACAAUGGAGCACGAACGAAAAUUUCGAAGGCGUGGGAAUUGCUACAAAUCUUUCGCGCCGAUGUGAUCCGGAAUUGUGCAAGAACUAUGCCUUGUCGAAGACCCUGAACUCCGAGAAGUUGACGGAGAUCAUAAACAAUUCGAUAAAAGCGGCCGUACAAAAUUUAGCGAACGACACGAAACCCCCUUGUUGGGAAGAGGAGCAACCGAAAGAAGAUACCACUGGAGCAACACCGCCAUCUUGCCUCGAGGCGACGUGUUCAGGACGAAAGUCGGGGCAAAACAAGGAGAACCUCACAAGCCCUGCCCCUUAUUCCCGGCAAUUAAUCGGUUCCACGGAGCCAAAAAACUCUGCCAAUAUUUCCAGCUUGUUGGGGAAAAACGGGUCGACGACUCGCGACUCGAAAAGGAGCUAUAACUCUCAUCAAAAAACAUCGCCACGCCAAUCGCCGAUGCAUUGCGUACCCGUAUCGAAAUCCGGCGACAGCUCUGUGACUUGUCAUCAAUCGGUCAGCAAAUACAAGCAAGUCAAGUGCCCCUGCGUUAAAAAGCAGCCGGAAAAAGCCCCGUCAAAGUCCUCCAAGUCGCACAAACCUUGCAAACUACUGAAAACGGACAAUCGGAAGAUGACGGGAAACGUGAACAUCUAUAUAUGCUCGGAGGGCAACGAGGGCGGUAACAAGAAUAAGAAAAAGAAAUCGGAGUCUACGUGUAACUCGAUGACCGCGACCAACGCAAGCUGCGCUUGUUCAUCCACCGACGUUUGCACCAGCCGGAGCACUACGUCCUCCAAGACCAUCCGGAACAUACUGCAAGAAAAGCGGAAGAAGAAUGACGAUAUUAAUUUGAAGUGCGCUUGCGGUAAAAUACCGUCUGACUGCGAAUGCUGUCCCGUGAUAAAUAAAAAUGAAGAAAACGGGACACUUUGUCUUUGCGAUAUGUCGAGUCUGAAUCCCAGCGUGUCUAUUGAAAGCUGUGGUAAUCUCGGGGAUUUCAAUCAACCGGAGAUACGAAACGAGGCCAAGUCUUCGGCACAGGGUGACUUUUGCACGAGGAGUGUUCGAUCCAGAUCUUCGUCACGGGAUCAGCCUUGCUGCACUCGACAAAACUGUGACUCAUUCGGCGGUGCGCAGAAUGACAUUGAAAAUAACCCGGAUACUUACCGUGAGCAAUUGAAACCUGUUACGGAAAAUAAAGGUCGCGGUGACGCGGUUCAAGAGAGCUCGUGUUACAAUAGUUCGUCUAAUAAUUCCGAAGCUGAAUGCAAAGCUUGCAGUUGUUGCAAUUCCGAAGAUGCAUCCAAUCCACCGUCUGAACGUCGCAGAGAGCGUCGCGUUUCGAAAAACACUAAAAAGUAUUCAAGGAGAGAAGGAGAUCCCUGCGGUUACUGUGAUUCUGACGAUGUUUCGAAUUCACGAUCUCCGGUUCGUAAGGAUCGUAGAUUUUCUCAGACCGACAGGAAGUAUCCGAGGAGAGAGCGGGACCCGUGCAGUUGUUGCACAUGCGAUGAAGAUAGCGUGCGUUCGAUAAGCGGGAAAAGUGAAGUGGGCCAGCUUCCCUGUUACGAAAAGCAAAGGACACGCAAGCCACGCGUACAGCCGCAGAAAAAAGAGUGCACCCCAAAAACUUGCGACGUUGUUCGGGCUUCUUUGUACGACAACGAGACACCAGAGCGUUCGAUGUAUUCCACUUACUGCAUCGCAGAGGAGGACGAAGGGUGCAAUUCGUCUUGCUGUAAACCUCCUCCCAAAAAGGAGCGUAACUCGAUCAGAACUGUCUGCUGUCCAGCGAAAUCAAGAAACCCCGGCAAAAAGGAUAUUGCUGACGGUAAAGAUGAAGGUAACCCAGAUGUGCAACGCCGGUCGAGUAACAAAUUGGAAAAGAAAGACGACGCUGAGGUAGCCGGAAAUCAAAACGUCUCUAUACCGGCCACGGAAGUCGUAAAAUCCAUCACUAAUGCUGACAAGAGCACCUCAUCCAAUACACUCCCCCCAGUUGCUCCGGUUUCCGCUACAAGUCCAGCUUCGGAGACCGUAACGGAAGUACUGUCGAAACCUAGUCCUGAAAAGGGCAGCAAAAAGUCUUCCUUGAAAUGGUCUUUCAGCAAAGCGAAAAGCUUUAUCACGGGUAGGAGUAGUUCACGAGAAAAUAAGAAGGACAAGAGUCCAGAGGAUACUUCGAAAUCUCUAAUAACUGCAGUUUCCGGUGAUACGGGAACCGAUGCCCCAGUAAUUGAAAACGACGACAAGACCGCCGAACGCGUAACCGAAAAAAUUACGAACUCUAACAGCAUCGAACCUGUCACGAAAGACAGUCCAGCUGGUGGAACAGUUCCCUCAGGCAACGAAAGCUUUUUCUCCGCCGAGGGUAGUGCUCUGGUCGUGGUGAAGAGCUCUGUCACCGGAGAGGAAAAAUCUAAGGAACUGAUCAUCGAGAGCAACAAGAAUAGCAGGUUAUCCAGCUCCAAGUUAGGGGUUCUGAUAACCGAGAGGAAGAACUCGCUCCAAUCCGCCAGCAAGGACCCACCUUCUUCGAUCCCGGACGUUUCAUCCAACGGACCUUGCUACUGCGGAGCUUCUGACGCGGACAUGUGCACUUGUCAGUAUCCACAAUGUUCCUGUUGUAACCGACCUCAGGAGGAUUGCAGGUGCAACAACCAGAGGGAUUGUACAGAGGAACAACCCAGCUGCGUCGCCUGCCAGCACAAAAAACAGCCCUGUUGUUGUUCCAACGUGAGUAAUCAGCAACGAACGUGCCGCGGGCCUUCCAACGACAACGCUUUUCGGGUCUGCAUCAUGUGCUGUCUACCCGAGACAGAGUGUUGUUGCAAUUCAGGAUGCCAGAUAUCGAGAAGAUCGAGGACACCGCCUUGCGGCAAACCCUUGGAUCCCUGCGUAUUCAUCGGAAGGAAAUCGCAGAUAUGCGUUUACUGCGACGAAUCCCGUGAAAAAUGCAAAUGCAGAGCACCGAUAAAAAAGUGCAGCUACUGCGGGAUGCCGACUGACGUAUGCAACUGCAAUUGUCAGGACAUAGUGCCCACUUGUAAUAUUUGUAGGUACGAAGAGAAUUCCUGUCAGUGCAACGGCAGGGUAAUUAAGAGUCCCGACUGCGGGGAUCAGAGCAUUUGUGUAACAGCUUGGAAACCCAGAAGGGACGUGAGGAAGUACUUCUCCCGAAAUCCAGCCGAAAGGGACGCUCCGGAUUGCUCGUGCUGCGACACUGUGAAACCUUACGGCUCCGAUGAACUUCCAUAUCAGAGGCUCAGUGUAUUUUCGGAUGUAAUGACGGAGCUGCAACAGAAAAUUAGUGAACUGCCUUGCUGCAGUCGUUGCCAAAAAUCUCCAUGCUGUUGCUACUUACAGGAAACGAAAAGUUAUCCGAGUCCAGGAAAUGAGGGGCGAUUGUGCAACCCAAAUCAACGAAGAUCCCGAAGCAGAUCACCCGCACCUUGUCGUCACUGCCUCGGGACUAGUCCAUGCAAAUGUGGGGGGCGAAAAACCACUUCGUGCCAGAUUUGUGAUCGGUGUAGAACGACGCCGUGCAGAUGCAGAAAAAGCAGAUCCACCCAGAGAAGGCCACAAGCCAAAUGUUACUACUGCAAGAGUUCACCGUGUAGAUGCGAGGCGAGCAACACGACAACUUCGAAAAGUUGCAGAUGUAGCGGCUCCCCGAUACGACCUCAAGGUCAAGCUGCUCGGCUCUUGACCCCCGAUAGGAACCCCCAGAGCAAUCCUGCUCCUUCUCGACCCAGAAGUUGCCGAUGCCGUUGCGGCAGUCCGAGCUGCGGGUUGCCCUCCAGAGUUCAGGAAAGACGAUGCGGUUAACGAAGACGAAAGAUCCGAAAGAUCGAAGAACAGAGCGAUGCACGUGCGUUAUUACCAGCAAAAUUGAUUUGUGAAGAGAUAUUCUUCCAUCAGACUCUGCAACGAUUGCUGGGGUGGCACGUAGAAAAAAAUGAUUAAUAGUUCAGAGACGGUGGCUAAUUACUGAAGAAGACGAAAAUCAACAAAAAAAAACAAAAAAAAACCAAGAACAAAGGAUUCGACAAAUGAAAAACAUAUAUUAUACGUAAUUCAUUAAAAAAAAAAAAGAUUCCUGAUAUCGCAGUGAAGUUUAGCUCAAUAAUGUGUUCAUUAUGUAUUUAUAAUGGUUUAGUGUGUUCGAAUAAAAGUUAUUCAUUGA